GUUGCCCGCCCGCCCACACCCCACCUCACUCCUUGCAGGUACAGCAGGGCCGGGAGGGGCAGCUCGCUGAGCAGGAGGGGUGCCGGCACCUAGGCCUCCUCCUGCCAAAGCUUCCGGGGGCUCUGACCUGCUGACCAGCGGGGCCCCAGCCAGGAGGCCCUGCUCCCGACGCCGGUUGCUGACCUCAGCUCCAGGCCUCACAGAAAGCAAGAUCUCAGAGCCAGCAUGGAUCCCGACAGUGAUCGGCCCCUGAAUGGUGAUCGGCCCCUGAACAGUGAUCAGCCCCUGAACAGUGAUCAGCCCCUGAACAGUGAUCGGCCCCUGAACAGUGAUCGGCCGCUGAACAGUGAUCGGCCGCUGAGCAGCGACCGGCCCCUCGACAGGACCCGCCUGCGCAAACCCCGCACGCCCCUGGAGACCUUCAGGAAAGUGGGGGUCCCCAUCCUCGCAGCACUGCUGAGCCUGGUGAUCAUUGUCAUCGUGGCUGUGCUCAUCAAGGUCAUCCUGGACAAGUACUACUUCCUCUGUGGGCCGCCCCUCCGCUUCAUCCCCAGGCAGCAGGUGUGCGACGGCCAGCAGGACUGCGCCUCGGGGGACGACGAGCGAUUCUGCGUGGAGAACUUUCCCGAGGGGCCCCCAGUGCCAGUCCGCCUCUCCAGCGACAGGUCCACCCUCCAGCUGCUGGACCCGGCCACAGGAACCUGGGCCUCUGCCUGCUUUGACGGCUUCACAGGAGCCCUGGCCCAGACCGCCUGUGGGCUGAUGGGCUUUCACAGCAAACCCACCUUCCAAGCCGUGAAGAUCGGUCCAGACCAAGAGCUGGACGUGGUUGUCAUCACAGCGGCCAGCCAGGAGCUCCAGGUGCAGCACCCCCGCGGGCCCUGCCUCUCGGGCUCCCUGGUCUCCCUGCGCUGCCUGGGUCCAGAGACAGAGAAGCAUCAAUCAGACGCUCAAACCUCAGAGGGACAGCAGGUUUCUGCGAGUCGCGUGCGAGGUUCCCUAGAAAAGCCAGGAGGUGGGAUGAGAGAGGAAGACCCGCUCAGAGAGCAGGGACUUGGAGGAGCCUGCGGGGACAGCCCGAAGGCCCCACGCGUGGUGGGCGGGCAGCAGGCCUCCGUGGAGUCCUGGCCGUGGCAGGUCAGCAUCCAGUACCACCAGCAGCACGUCUGCGGCGGGAGCAUCCUGGACUCGCACUGGGUCCUCACGGCGGCCCACUGCUUCAGGAAGCAUCUCGAUGUGCCCGGCUGGAAGGUGAGGGUCGGCUCAGACAGACUCGGCAGCUUCCCAGCCCUGCCCGUGGCCAAGAUCUUCGUCACCGAGCACAACGCCACGUCCCCCAAAGAGAAGGACAUCGCUCUGGUGAGGCUGCGGGACCCACUCACGCUCUCAGGCCUCGUCAGGCCCAUCUGCCUGCCCUUCUCGGAUGAGGAGCUCCCUCCGGCCACCCCGGUGUGGGUCAUCGGGUGGGGCUUCACAGAACAGGGUGCAGGGAAGAUGUCUGACCAGCUGCUGCAGGCGUCGGUCCAGGUCAUCGACAGGGCGCGGUGCAACGCGGAGGACGCGUACCAGGGGGAGGUCACAGCGGAGAUGCUGUGCGCGGGCGUCCUGCAGGGCGGCGUGGACACCUGCCAGGGAGACAGCGGAGGACCCCUGAUGCAUCACUCCAGCCAGUGGCACGUCGUGGGCAUCGUGAGCUGGGGCCACGGCUGUGGGGGCCCGAGCACCCCGGGAGUGUACACCAAGGUCGCGGCCUAUCUCAACUGGAUCCACAGUGUCCGCCAGUCUGAGCCCUGAUGCCGCGGCCCCUCUGCAGGCCUGGGGACCCCGGACGCCAGGCACCGGGCAAGCGCCCCUCGGCACGCCCCUGUGCCCACAGCCUCAGCUUGUCCCGGCGCAGCUAAGGGCCUCCAACCCUGUAAGCGCCCUGUGGCCCACAAGAGCUCAAGAGGAGGGCAGCAGCCUGCUCAGCAGCCCCGCUCGGCCCCCCUGGUGCUCCCCGCACCCCCCGGAGAGACCCCGCCCCCAGGCGGUCUCAGGCAUCGCCAAGCCGGGAAGGAGCACCCCCACUCCGCAGGCUCUCUGGGGAGAGCCCCGGUCACUGCGAGCCGGAGUGGAGGGAGGAGAGGGUCUGAGUGAGCCUCGCCCUCUCCACGCCUCCCACGUCUCCGGGCAGAAACCAGCUGUGGUGGGAAAUGCAGUCCCGCUGGGCGCAGCUGCUGUGCCCGCUGCUGCUGUCACUGCUCCCACGUGGCUGCUUUUAUUAAACAGGAAUGUGAGGUCUGACACGUCUGACUGGGCUGCUUCAUCAGCACUGAGUGGGCUAUUGAGCCACAAUCUUUACUUUUUAAUUUUAUUUUAUUUUCUUUAUCUUUAUUGUUGAAAGUAUUACAUAUGUCCCCCUCUCCCCCAUCAACCCACUCCAGUCCACCCCGCCCCAGGCCCUCACCUCCCCACUGUCUGUGUCCAUGGGCCAUGCAUACAUGCACACAGGGUCUUAGGUUGAUUGUCUCCCACCACCCACCCUGCCCCGCCUUCCCUCCGAGAUCCCGCACUCUGUUCCCUGCGUCCAUGUCUCUGGGUCCCCUCCGUCCAUCAGUUUAUUUUGUUCCUUAGAUUCCACAUGUGAGUGAGAUCAGUGACACUUGUCUUUCUCUGACUGACUUCUGUCACUCAGCAUGAUACUCUCCAGGCCCCUCCAUGCUGCCUCACAGGAAUCGUGAGCUGAAACUAAGGUGGAGAUCUGGGAGCAACCGCGAAUUAAAAUCUUGGGCUGCCCCUGGGAUGAAGACCUACAUGGAGGCCGAAGAGGCUGGCGAGGCCUGGAGAGGAGUCCAGAGAGGCUAGAGAAGAGCCGAGAGCUCAGAGAGAGCUCAGCCGCUGCUGCGUGAAGCUGUGAGUCUGAGGCAGCGUGCGGCUGCUCAGAUAACGGCCGUGGGUACGGCGACUGCUACUGCUUACCGGGAAAGGUGUGUGCGUUUAUCAGCCGGUGUGCAGCUUCCUGUGUGGGACCUCGCUGUGAUGGAGUGUUUUGUCUGCUGGCUAUAUGGCCACUGGCCCCUACAAUAAAGGCUUUCCUAUAUACA